UUAGUCAUUCAAAAUUUUUGUAGAAACUCUAUUAUGCGAUUCUCUUAAAUUAGUAUAAUAAGAAAAAGGAAAAGAAACCUAAAGUAUAUACUACACAUACAUAAUCUAAAAGAACAUUACUCUACGUUACGUUAAGCGAAAAUUAUACGUAACGUUCGAACUUUGAGAAAGAAUAGAUUAUUUAGCAAGUUGCUUUUUGCUAAACACUUUCUUUAACAUAAGAGAUUAUUACGUACUGUUUUGUUUGUUUGUUUUUUAUUAUAACUAUGGCUAGACUCGGAAAUAUUAAAGGCCCUUGGACAUCGGAGGAGGAUAGUCAAGUUUCAUUUCUUGUUCAACAAUAUGGAACUAAAAGUUGGUCGUUGGUAGCUCAAUACAUUUCUGGAAGAACUGGGAAACAAUGUAGAGAACGUUGGCAUAAUCACCUCGAUCCUACAAUUAAAAAAACGGCAUGGACUUUUGAGGAAGACAAACGAUUGUGCUUACUACAUUCAAGGCUUGGUAAUAAAUGGGCAGAGAUAGCUAAGAAGUUGCCUGGAAGGACCGACAACGCGAUCAAGAACCACUGGAAUUCAACAAUGAAAAAAAAAUUCGAAGCUCAAGAGGCCAUAAUAAGAAGUUUGACGCAGGUUCCGGAAUCCAUAAAUGAGGACGAAAUUGAUUGGACUGGCCUACGCCCAGCUGUUGUAUUACAAACCAAGCAAACCGUUAUGGACGAGAAAAAUCCAAAGAAAAAUAAUGACGAAGCUGCGUGCUCCGUUCGCAGGGCUGAUUGUAACAAUUAUCGUUUAAAACUUAAAGUUCCGGAAAUAGUUAGACGUAAUUGUUCGACAAUACUGCUUCGAAUGUCUUCUGAUCUGUUCCCAUCUAUUGAUUGGAACCUAUCAACACCAUUUUAUCCAAAGCCCUCCGAAGAAGUCGAUACCCAAUCGAAAAGCGACACCGAAACCCCCUCAGUAGAGAACCUAAGAAAUUAUAUGCAGCAAAAGAGGGCCCGUUUAAGAAGGAAGCGAGUUUUAUCAUUAUCAAUUAACGACAAUUCGGAGAAGAAGCCAAAAAAUGACCUAAUACCAAUUAGUACUGAUGAAUUAGAUGCGCCUCUAGAAUGGCCAGAAAUUCCCUUACUCGACAACGAUCUUUUAUCAGCGUUUGAUGAGACAGCCUUAGAUACACUUGGCUUGUUAGGGGAUAGUAGUUAAACAAAGACGCUAAAAAUAGCUUGAAAAAAUUUUAAUCUCAUUUUUCAUAGUGUGAUCUAGCUAAAAUACCCUUAACAACGUAAGAUCGCUACGAAUGCUAAGUAUU